AAUUGCGAUGAUUAUAUUCCAGAUGGAAAGAAACAGUUUCAAAGGGCAUUGUGAUAAGUUACAAAAACACAUUCUAGACGACAUUAGCCCCCUCCCCAGUAAUAGAAACCUUCACUGAAGAGAUACGUUUGGCAAACACGCCACGAGGAGUUCCAGGUGAAAGAUCCCAACUAUUCCAACAUCAUUAUAAUUACGAUUAUUAUAAUUCGCUGGUAGGAGAGCGUACGUGGAAAACUUCACUCUCAGAGCUACUUUUCACCAAUCGCUUCGAAAUCAAUCCUCGCAGGGUCGUAAAAUGUAAAUAUAUACAUGAUGUGAAAUACCGUGCUGCGAAUGAAGCAAUACUGACGUUGAAAAUAUUUAUUGAUUUAAGUGAAAACUGCUACAGAGAGAAAUGGAGAAUUGAAGAAUUAAUUUGGAAGAUAAAUUAACAUUAUAAGUAUGAUAUAAUCGUAUUUAUGUAAGCGUGAUGCGUGUUGCAGAAGUUUUGUUCUGAUGAAAAUUCAAAUUUUUUUCAGAGUUAAUCCACAUAGUAUAGAGCGUAAAUUUAAGAUUAACGAUGGCGUUAAUUUACCUGUGCAACAUUCUAGUUACACGUGCAAACCAAGUUGGCAACCUCAGAACGCGUGCGAUUAUUCUAAUCAC